AUGGCUUCGACAAUACCAUCCAUAGCCUGUCUCGGCGUCAUCGGCCGCAAUUUCUCGCUGAUUCUCUGCGGCACGCUCGACAUCUUUGCCCAGCGGCCGUCCGGCACCGCUAGCGGUUCCGUGGCCUCAGGCGCGGCCGCCAGUGGAGCCAGCCUGAGCGCCGGAAGUGACGCCGCCGGCCUCCUGCUGCUGCACGCCCUCGACGACCGCUUGGCCGUGUACGGCUACGAGACCAACACGGGCGUCAAGCUCGUGGCCGUCGUGGACAUGCGUGGAAGGCGUGGUGGCAGCGCUGUGAGUGGUGUACAGGGCAGCGCCGGUGCUGGUGGUGGCUCCGUGUCCUCGGGCAGCCGUGGUGUUUUGGGUGGCAGCGUUGUCGGUCUGCGCGGGUCCGAGCUCAAGCCCGUCUUCAAGGCAAUGCAGUCAGCCUAUGUGCGGCUGCUGCAGAAUCCCUUCUACGACCCGGACGAACACUCGCCCCCGACCGGCCGCGGCGGCAAGAAGAUUGUCAGCCGGCGGUUUACCGAAGACUUGCAGCGCAUCGGCGAGGCCUGGAUGCCGGGCGCCACGAACCUGUAA